AUGUAUUCCGUCAGUCAGUUCGGCUAGACAUAAUACCAGAACACCUUAUAAUUUCUUCGUUUGUCGUCCUAUUACAAAUAUUUAUAGACAUCUAUCGAGAUUUAGUUAUUGAAAGUAUACAUUGAUCUACAAGAUUGAAGUAUCUGAUGAUGUCCUGAAGGUCUUCUGCAAUGGAUGAAGCCAGUGUGCAGAGAGGUUUGCAGAAGGCUUUGAGCGAGGCCUCAUCCAAAAGCGUCAAGACUAAGAAGGAGACGGACCUUGCACCCACUGACAGCGAUGCAUCAUCCAGAUCAGGUUCCCCUGACCAAUGCUGCCCGAUCUGCCUGGGCAAGUUCAAAGACAAGUCCUUCUCCGAUGGCUGCUUUCAUCGAUUCUGUUUCCAGUGUAUACGAGAAUGGGCCAAGGUGAAGUCAACAUGCCCUCUAUGCAAAACUCCUUUCAAAUCCAUCAUUCACAAUGUAGUGUCUAGUGAUGUAUAUGAUCAGUACGUGCUACAGCCUACGGAGAAUGGGUCUUUGGAGUUGGAUCGUAACGGUGCUCGCUUUCGCUACCACACUACCCUAACCACCAACCGAAGAUCUGCCUGGGAGACCCGCAUGGAUCAGCUUUUUAAUCGCCAGGCCAGGCUGGCAGAGAGGAUCCACCGCGAAAACGAGUCCCGUCAGCGCCGUCAACUGAUCUAUGCAGCCAGCUUGAGGGUCCAUCAUAUCGCAACCAACCGAUUCACUAGGUUCAGGGAUACUUCUCCCCAGUUUUUCCGUGAGAACCCUGCUGUAACACACCGUCUUAUCCCUUGGCUAAGAAGAGACCUUGGGGUGCUGUUCAAUGGGAAUGACCAACAUGUGCGAUUCAUGACCCAGUACAUUCUUUCACUGCUUCCAAAUGUUGACAUUCAAUCAGAGGAAUUCCACAACCACUUGAGGCCGUUCCUCUAUGGACGCACUGAACACUUCAUCCACGAGUUCACCAGCUUUGCUAGGUCACCUCAUGACAUGGACACCUACGACCAGAUGGCCCAGUAUGACUUCCGUCCCGAGAACCCUCAGUUCACUGCCACUCUCCGGCCUCAGCAUCCGCUUGUAGCACAAGAGAAUAGCAGCAGUGAGGAGAGUGAGAACAACCAUUCCAACAAUAUUGAAGUCAUCGUCAUUUCCGAUGAUAAUGAAAGUGACAGCAAUCCUUUUGUGAUACCAGCAGAAAGUUCCCAGUCUGCCUCUCUCAGUCAUGACCUACCCGGGCCAUCUUCUGCUACAAGCGGAGUGGGUCCAUCCACAAGUUAUGAUCUAGCCUCUACCCAUAACCCUGAGCCACCUGCAAGUCAAGACCCUGAUCAACCAGGCCCCUCUGGUGUCACUCUUUCAGGAAGCCUGCAGAUCAAGCAAGAGCAUGACAGUGCCCAUGGCAGGAGAAAGUUGGAAGAUAGUGCAGAAAGCAGUGGCAGUGUAGAGAUUGUUGGAUAUCAAAAGCCAUUCCAUCUGCGCACUCCCAUUGCUUUCAUAACCAUAUCUGAUGAUUUAUCGGAUGGUAAACGGGAGAAAGAGACAAAAGGAAGGCUUAGUAGGAAUAAAGACAAGACUGCACCUAAAAGAAACCACGUAGAAGAAAAAGCUGGUGGAAAGAGGAAACAGAAGACAAAACAUACCAGAAGUUUGCAUUCUUCAAACAGAGCUGGUAACUGGUCUACAGAUUCAGAUGACAAUUACUACAGCAGAUCCAGACGUGAUGGAUACAACAGGAGAGGCAGAGAUGCUGCUGAUGACAUAGACGGUCCUUGCACAUCGCGCUAUGAUUCUCUGCACAGAUCUUCCUCUAAUCACAAGCCUUCCCACAGUCCAAAUGAACUAUUCCGUAAAGUAAGAGAAGGGGGAAGCAAAUGGAGUCUCUACUAUGAGACCAGACAUGAUAACUAUUCUAGCUCUAGGAACCGACGGUCAAGGUCUCGGUCAAGGUCUCGAUCAACGUACUCCAGAAGAUAUGGAGAAGACAGCAGAUCACGGGACUGUUCAAGAGACCUCCCGAGACCUUUGAGGGAUGAACGAAACUGGCAACGAAGCAGAAGCAGAAGUAGAUCGAGAGAGAGGUCAAGGAACCCAUCGAGAUACUACAGAGAGGAAGAUAACAUGAGAAGCAGGAGUAGGAGUAGGGGGCCCUCUGUGGACUUCUUCAGUGAUGAAAGCAAGUUAAGUUCACGGAAUGGCAGUCGUAACGGCAGUACUUCUAGCACCUUUAGCAGACAAUCACAUCAAGAUCGUCAUGCUCUACAUAGUUCAAAGAAAGACAUUUCUAGCUCAAGUCAUGUGAGCGCAUCCAAAGCAUCAAGAUCGCCUGUGCUCAAGCGUAUGCUAGAGGAUGCUAAUGAUCCUCCAAACAAGGAAGGAGACUCGCACGCAAGCAAAAGGCACAAGCACAAACAUAAGCAUCACAAGAAGAAAAGCUCCAGACAUAAGCACAAGAAAAGUCGAGACAAGGAUUCUAAAAGUAAAAAGAAAGACAAACACGUUAGGGACCAUGGUGGUAGCCACGACAAGAAGCCUCAGGAUGACAAGGAGAAAGCGAUUGGUGAAAGCAUAUCGGACAGUACUGUGGAAGAUGUGGACAGGCCAAACGAGGGCGCUACACAUAGCAGGAUGGGGACUACACCCACUCCCAGUGGUCAUGUUGAGAAUCAUAAUAUAACCUUGCAGGAUUUGUUAAACAUGGAUGAGAGUAUGACCUUUGACCCAGCCCCGCCAGCAGGGCAUUCAGAUAAAGGAUCUGGAUCCAUGCUAUGAUCACAACUCCCAUUCGAUGCACGGCAACCAUGGUGACAAAGAAUGAGGAAGUAUAGAGAAAAAUUAUAAUACAUGUAGGUAGACUCUCACCAAAGAGGAUAGUAGGUUGAAUCUUGAAAGAAAAGAGAUAUUUAGAUAGUUAAUGAUAGGUUAAUAAACUUGCAUAUGAUUUCUGUUUAGGUUAGAGGUCAUCUUCUUUGUAUUGUGAUAGGAAUAGGCCUUUGUUCAGAUUAAUUAAUACAUGCCUUGCAAUGCUUCACUCAGCUUCUCACCUAGACCAAGAAGUCAUUUAGGACAAGAGGGGUUGGGGGGGGGGGCGGUGUGUCUAUGAAUAUUUGAACCCAUAACUUGUCCUCUUUAGGGCCAUUCAAUAGUUGACCAACUCUUUGCAUAUGACCUUCAUCAUACAGGUGUGACACAGAAACUCGCAAGUUAUCCUUUUUGACCAACUAGACAUCAUUGCAUUUGCUUCCUACCCUGCCAGAUAAAGUAAAAAUUGGUAUUUGAUCAUGUAAUACUUUUUUUCAGGGGAACAGACUGAUGUAUAGGGUUAGGGUUAGGGUUUCCAUACAUACAUUUUAAAGCUUUUUCGCUUGUAAAUCUUUUAAUUUGUCAAUACCUUAUAAUUUAUCAAUUAUAAUAAUAAUAAUUUUAAUGGUGGCUUCUUAUAUAGCACACAAGUCCUUCACGUUGUGACACUCCUAGCGGCACCCCGAUUAUACAUAUUAGUGUGGAAAAAUGCCAGAUGAAAUUUAGCUAUUCAUAUUACGAAAUGUUUUUUUUGUAUGACAAAAUGUAGUACUUUGCUCUUGUAUUUCAAAUUGAUUUUAGGUAGAGAAUUUGUGUGUAUUUUCGUUAUAAAGCUAGAAUGUUAGUUGUUACACAUCAAACUGGUCUAGUUGCAUUACAAUUUUCGUUUUGUAUUGCAGACCAUAGCAUUUGUACUGAUACUGGUAGUGAAGGUGAAAAAAGGACAGAUUGACAAGAAGAUGUUCUUGAUUUCAUAGUUAAAGACCCUGUUGAAAUAGAUGAUUUGUAUAUCAACGGAAAGCUUUUAUGCCAUAGAUUACAAUAAUAUCAAUUAUAUUUUAGUGUCUGUCAGAGGAGUAACAAUUCUCUGAAAACCCGAAAUCUAAAUCUUUGAAAGUCGGAAGUUGUCGACCUACAUGUAAAGACUAGCUAUCGACUUGAUGACAUCAAAUUAUGUGGAGUAGGCAUAUUCUCAAUGACUUUACCAUUAAUUAAGUAUUGCUCAUCGCCUCAGCUAUAUGGGCGAGCCGAUUGGUCCCACAUGUUAUGUCGUCAUGGUAAUUGCAGCAAAUUUGUCCCCUAUUGACUUGUAACCUUGAAGGGUGCGGAAAACAAGUAUUUAAAUGCUUUUGUGCAAUACUGAAAUGGAAAAUAUUUGUUAUUCCUUUAUAUUUGUAUUCUGCGUUCAUCCAGCUUUCCAUUAAUAUCAAGUUGCAUUUUCAUGUGAUAGGGUCUUUACAUGUAAGUUUAAUCAUUAACUUUUAUAAAAUUAGAAUAGGGAUCCCCUGCAAUUAGUUGUUUGGUAUUUAUCUUUUCAAGAAAUCUCUUACUGGGGCAAACAAUAUUUGCAUACUGUGUCCUGUCUUAGAAACUGCUUGCAGGAGUUUCUUAGUUUAACUCCUCAUUCCCUAGGGAUCGUAACCCCGGACUGCUACAUCAUCUGGCCAAUAUUUUUUGUGUAAAGGUAUUUUCACUGAUCAAGGAGAGUUCAAGGACGAAUUCGCGAGAUGUUACAUCCAUAUGAGGCCACAACCACAGCCGAUUGAAUACUUUUCAAUGAUUAUCAAUUUUAUCAUCAUAUUUGUGUUGAAAAUGAACUCACUACCGAGUAUCAUAAUCGUAAUAUAAGAAUUAUUUCGGUAGAAAUAAAUGAAAAAAGUGCCACAUUAUGUUCAUUGUGGUCUCAAACUGCACGGCAUGACCCGGCGGCAUGCAACAGGCUUACAGAAGUGAUUUCGACAUGUGACAUUCAUACUUGCUGGACAAAAUUUGCAUGUUAAAUUUUUGAUCAAUGAGUGUUUCAAUAAGUUCCUGAAAAUUACCCCCCCCCCCCACUCCCCCAUGAAAAUGAAUAAAUGCUUAUACAGAAUUUGGUACAUAUACACUCACUGUGUGACAUCAACUGGCAGUCCUCUGCUUGUUCAAUUAGUCAGGUUAUUAAAGAAUCUGGGCUUCAGAGUAAAAUACCUUUUAGAGAACAAGGCACAAUUUGUUCCCAAAGAAUUUUUUUUUUUUUUAAAUUUUUUUUAUAGACCAGGUGAGGUACUACAUUUAUAUCAAAUCAGUUAGAUUUGUGGAUGGUGGGGGUUGGAUUAGGGAUAAAUGGUCUUGACUGGAACAUAAUCAACUACUGUUGCCUUACAUAAUAUAUACAAAUAUGUAGCUCCUACAAAAUGCACAGAGCAGUCGAUAGCCUUAACCAAAGCUGAAUUUUUACUCUACAUGCCGAGAAGAAAAACGCCUCUGCAAGAGAAAGGGAAAAAAAAAUUCCUGACCUUUGACCUUCCACUUUCCUCUUUCCUCAAGGCCAUUAGGUCAUCCUUCAUUUCUAUACCUCACAAAUUUUUGUCCAAGGUUGAUCUGACAUAGCUAAGGCUGAAGUAUAUCCAACAGUUGUGAUGACAUAAUUGCAGCUACAUGCAUCUAUAGUUACUCUACAAAAUUUAAAUAGUUUGUCAUGACCCAUAUGGCCUGGAAGAAGAAAAAGAAUCAAAUUAUCAGAUGAUAUGAAGAGAAAAUGUAUAAUUCUUAUCUAGGCAGGAAACCGCUUAAACUAGAAAAGAAAUGUUUAUAAUAACAUGCAGAGCGAUAUUGAUAAUGGUAUCUUGCCAAGUAUUGUUUAUAGCACUUCUAACGUAUCUCAAUAAGUUAUAUUGUAUUCUAUUAUGUCGGGCAACAAGAUUCACAUCUGAUAGGAUCAAUUUAUUAUUCAUAGGUGUCGUUUAAAAUAGAAUUUAAGUCCAAAAAAGUGAAGGGAAUCACAAUUGUGUGGGUGCUGACAAUGAUAUACAUUAGAAUUCCAUCAAAAUUUCCUCUCUAGUACUGAAGAUAUCUAUGAAUGUAUUGUUAUUCCUAAUGCACUAAGAAUAGAAUUAUUGUUAAUGUAUCAAAAUAAACAUUAGUUUUCUCUGUUGAGCAGUGAUCAUUUUGCAUAAGAUUUCACCCAAAAGGUUUAAAUUAAAUAUAUUUUCUUAACAUUAUUUUUAGCGCUGAAUGAAGAUCAUCAAUUUAAUACUAACAGGCUACUCUGUGAACAUUAUUGAGAGUAGUUUGGGUCCAGUGUACACACAAAAUAUCGUCGCUGUUUUCACGAAGUGACGGUAGUGAAAGAAAAAUGCAUUCACUUUGCGUGAUGAUUUUCCUCACUACCGUCACUUCGUGAAAACAAGGACGAUAUAAAGAAAGGGCUCGUUAUGAGUCGUUAAGGUAUUGUGCGGUAAACCGCCGAUGUUUUUUAAAGUGUAAAUGAAAGGCAACUGUGCGCAACAAAGGUCAUACUCGUCUUCACUUAGCUUUGUGUUAUAAGAUAUAGAAAAAGCGUUAUACGCCUUUCCAUGAAAUCUAUAGAUGAUUUUUCAGCAAACUUGUGUUUUUCAAGAGCAAAAUCUUUCCAUCCAUAUAUAAUUUGUCCGUAAUUAUCAGUUGUCGUGAAUUUUAGUAGAGUGACUACUUUAAGAGUUUAAUUAUAUCUAAUUAUCUUUCUCGGUAUAUAUUUUGUAAGAAGAACCAUGGUAUUUUAAGUCGUAUGAACAUAUAGAGGAGUAAUGGACAAGUGGAGUACAGUGUAACACUUAAAAGACACUACUGUAUUUCAAAAGUAUAUAGUUGUGUAAAGGAAGGUGAAAACAACAUUUUAGAUAAGAUGACUUGUUUUGAAUAUUCACUUAUUUAAUUUCAUAGUAAUAGUACUUUUAAUUUUUUUAGAAAAAAAAUAAAAGUGAAAAGUAUAUGUUGUGGUCUUCUAGGUCAAGCUCUAGAACGUGAGGUGCAUGUAGAUGAAAUGCUCUCUAAUUGUUAAAUGGAAAACGAAAUUGUUGAUUUGGAUGUAAACCACCUUUAUUGGUCAUAGAGCACUAUUAUAGGUAGGUCAAAGGUCAAAGUGAUCUGAACUUUCUGAAGGUGUGUCAAAGGUCAAAAUCAUAUCAACUGAACAAGGAGUUGGACUGAUAUUUUGUGACUCCUGAUGAAAAGAAAUUGUUGAUACAGAAUGAAAUUGUAAAUUUAGAUAUGGACUGCCCGUAAUGGUCGUAGAGCGCUCUUGUAGGUAGGUCGAAGGUCAAAGGUCUAAGAAAUGUGUAGAUAUGUCAAAGGUCAAAAGUAUUUGUACUGAAUUGAGUUGGUGUGAUAAUAAGUGACUUCAUGAAGAAAAUGUCUGUUUGCAUGAUACCCUGUGUGAGUGAGUAUGAUGAAUCGCUGAAAUGAUUCAGGGAAGUGAAUUUGUAUUAAAGAAAAAAAUAUGAAAAUUAAAGAUUGUAUAUGAAAGCUGA